CUUAGAUAAAGUCACUUCUACUCAACCGCUUCCUGUAGUGAACAUGCGAGGAAAUCGAAGGGACAAGAAAAUAUCCAGUAUGUAUUGUGUUUCCGAUUAAAUAAUUAUGUUACACAGAAAAUAGAACAGAAGAUCCUUUGCGGUACCAGUACAUACGGAGGCAGAUGAAGAGCUCAAAAGGACUGAGAGUCAUGCGCAUAGCACACUGAACACACAGAAGGCAUGAACGUCCUGCUUUUGAAAGAACCAAGAGAAGGUGGGAGUGGACCAGAUCCAUAUAUCAAGGAGCUGUCAACUUAUGGACAUAAAGCCACAUUGAUCCCUGUGCUCUCUUUCAAAUUUGUGUCUUUAGACACAUUAUCUGAAAAGCUUUUUCAGCCAGAGAAGUAUGGAGGACUUAUUUUUACCAGCCCAAGAGCAGUGGAGGCAGUGAAGAUAUGUUUAGGUGUCAAUAACAAGAAAGAGGUCUGGGAGAACUUGAAGGACAAAUGGAAUGCAAAAACAGUUUAUGUUGUUGGGAAGGCCACUGCCUCAUUAGUGGAGGAGGUGGGUCUGUCCCCCCUGGGAGAGGACACGGGGACUGCGGAUGUUCUGUCACGGCUCAUUCUAGAAAGGGAAGACUCCAAUAUAAUGCCACUCUUUUUUCCAUGUGGCUCCAUCAAAAGGGAGGUCUUGCCCACAGCACUGAGAGAAAAUGGUAUCCCUCUAGAGACCCUGACUGUCUAUCAGACAGCACAACAUCCAGACUUGGAGAAAAAUCUGACCAAUUAUUUCACCCAGCAGGGUGUUCCUGCCAGCAUUGCUGUCUUCAGUCCGUCGGGAGUGAAUUUCUGCCUGGAGACGGUGCGGCGGCUCUCCGGGCCUCAGCUGAGCCAGAUUAAGUUUGCAGCCAUAGGCCCCACUACGGCGGAUGCUUUGGCAGCAGAGGGACUGACUGUCAGUGGCUCUGCGGAGAAGCCCACUGCUCAGCACCUAGCAGCAGCCAUAGCCCAGGCUCUGUAGAGACACACACAUUACCUUCAAUCUCUGAGCCUUCUUUGGAACCUCCACAACCUCCACUUAUAUCCUAAUAUAAAUACUUUUACAAUCAUUUGGAUGACCUGUGAUGGUGGACAUGACACCAAAUUGAAUAACUUGUACCAUAGAUGUAUUAAUAGAUGGUCACCUUGCUAUAGAUGUUACAUAGCUAGUUACUCCAACAGCAAUCUGACUUUUCUGUCAUAGUCUAUUGUACAAUAUUGGCUGUAGCCUUAUUUUCAGAAUCAGUUCUUACCGUCACAUCUUGUCCCACUGACAGCAGAUUGAUGUGCUUGUUUGUUUGUUUGUUUGUUUGUUCAAUGUGAAAUGUGAUGCACUAGUGAUGUUGCACUACUGAUGAGUUCUUGCUGUUGUAUUUUAUGCCUGAUUAAGUCUGUCAGAUUCCUAAUGAUGGUAAGGAAGCUGUUGAGACUGACAUGAAAUUGCUUUGAUUUGUUUUCAGAAAUGUAAUAAAAUAAAGCACCCCUUUUAUCCAUCA